AUGGUGGUUCUGUCCUGCAGUAAAAUGCAAAUAUUGGACUUCUUCCCAUCUUGGGAGAAGGAGAUGGCACAUGUCAGAAUCAAGAAAGGGAAGGGAGUAUAUGGAAGCUUUGGACUGGGUCAUCAAAACCAAAGAAAGAAGACCGAACACGAGUUUUGUGGACCCAGCUCCAUUCUCCUGUUCAAGUCUGUAAGCCCCUGCAGUAGAUGGACCUUCAAUGACAUCGGCAGCAGCAACAAUGGCAUUAGCAACAGCAACAUCAAUGGCAUCAGCAGUGGCAACAUCAAUGGCAGCAGCAGCAACAUCAGUGGCAUCAGCAUCAGCAACAUCAACAAUGGCAUCAGCAGUGGCAACAUCAAUAGCAUCCACAGUGGCAACAUCAAUGGCAUCACCAGCAGCAAAAUCAAUGGCAUCAGUAGCGGCAACAUCAAUGGCAUCAGCAGCAGUAACAUCAAUGGCAUCAGCAGCAGCAACAUCAAUGGGAUCAGCAGCAGUAACAUCAAUGGCAUCAGUAGCGGCAACAUCAAUGGCAUCAGUAGUGGCAACAUCAUUGGCAUCAGUAGCGGCAACAUCAAUGGCAUCAGCAGUGGCAACAUCAAUGGCAUCAGUAGCGGUAUCAACAAUGGCAUCAGCAGCAGCAACCUCAAUGGCAUGCACAGCAGCAACCUCAAUGGCAUCAGCAGUGGCAACAUCAAUGGCAUCAGCAAUGGCAACAUCAAUGGCAUCAGUAGCGGCAACAUCAAUGGCAUCAGCAGCAGCAACAACAAUGGCAUCAUCAGUGGCAACAUCAAUGGCAUCAGUAGCGGCAACAUCAAUGGCAUCAGUAGCGGUAUCAACAAUGGCAUCAGCAGUGGCAACCUCAAUGGCAUGCACAGCAGCAACAUCAAUGGCAUCAGCAACAUCAAUGGCAUCAGCAACAUCAAUAGCAUCAGCAGUGGCAACAUCAAUGGCAUCAGCAGCGGCAACAUCAAUGGCAUCAGUAGCGGUAUCAACAAUGGCAUCAGCAGUGGCAACAUCAAUAGCAUCCACAGCGGCAACAUCAAUGGCAUCUACAAUGGCAUCAGCAGUGGCAACAACAAUGGCAUCAGCAGCGGUAUCAACAAUGGCAUCAGCGGUGGCAACAUCAAUGGCAUCAGUAGCAGCAUCAAUGGCACCAGCAGCAGCAAUAGCAGCAGCAGCAGCAACAUCAAUGGCAUCAGUAGCAGUAACACCAAUGGCAUCAGCAGCGGCAACACCACCAUCAGCUACCGUGACAGCAUCUCAUCCCCUCUCUCCUGGAUGUUCUUCAACAGUGUGGCAUCUCAUCUGCCACAGAUGCAGCCUCCCACACAACACCACUGGAGGUCAAUCACUAUGGAGUGCAAGCGAACCUGCUUCUGCCGACCAACACCUUCUCGGUAUUCUCUUUAG